GGGAACAUGAAGCUGCCACUCUUGGUGUUUAUUGUAUAUCUGCUGUGGUUGAAAGAUUGUCACUGUGCACCCACUUGGAAGGACAAAACUGCAUUCAGUGGUAACCUGAAGAGUUUUUCUGAGGCUGGGGAGAUAGAUGCAGAUGAGGAGGUGAGGAAAGCUUUGGUUGGUAUUAAGCAGAUGAAAAUCAUGAUGGAAAGAAGAGGGGAGGAACACACCAAUCUCAUGAAAACCCUGAAGAAGUGCAGAGCGGAAAAGCAGGAGGCACUGCAACUCAUGAAUGAAGUUCAAGAACAUCUGGAGGAGGAAGAACGGCUGUGCCAGGUGGCUCUGAAAGAUUCCUGGGAUCAGUGCAAGUCCUGCCUGGAAAGUAACUGCAUGAGAUUUUAUACAACCUGCCAACCUAGUUGGUCCUCUGUAAAAAAUACGAUCGAACAGUUUUUCAGGAAGAUGUAUCAGUUUUUGUUUCCUUUCCAUGAAGACAAAGAAAAAGAUUUCCCUGUUGGUGAAAAGCCCAUUGAAGAGGAUGCACAGCUGGCCCAAAUAGAGGAUGUGUUCAGCCAGCUGACUGUGGAUGUGCACUCUCUAUUUAACAGUAGUUUUAACAUCUUCAAAUGGAUGCAGCAAGAAUUUGAUCAGGCAUUUCAAUCAUAUUUCUUGUCAGAUGCAGACUUAAUUGAACCUUAUGUUUUUCCAGCUGUAUCUAAAGGGCCAACGGAAACAGCAGAUCUUCUGCAAAGUUGGGACCUUCCUUACUUCUUCCAGCUGUUUUGUAAUUUCAGUCUCUCUGUUUAUGAAAGUGUCAGUGAGUUAAUUACUGAGACGCUGAAUGCAAUAGAGGAUUCACCAAAACAUGACAAAGACCCUGACCACGGAGGCCCGAGUUCAAAGACGUUGCCUGUGCAGCACGGAGGGCUGUGUGCAGGACUCGGCCAGGAUGUGUCGGGAUGCCUCAAAUUUCAUGAAAGAUGCCAAAAAUGUCAGGAUUACCUAUGGGAAAACUGCCCUGAUGUACCUGAACUGCACACAAAAUUAGAUGAGGCCUUUGAAUUGGUCAAUGUGUCCAACCAGCAGUAUGCCCAGAUUCUCCAGAUAACCCAACAUCACUUAGAAGAUACCACAGAUCUGAUGGAGCAGAUGAGAGAGCAGUUUGGCUGGGUGUCUGAACUUGCAAACCAGAUCCUUGAGACUGAGAACAUCUUCAGUCCGAUAAAGAUAGUAAGUGUUCCUGAAGGAAACGUUUCCGAUCGAGAUAAAACGAUGACAGACUUAAGCAUUCUGCCUUCCCCUAAUUCCACACUCAAGAUUCCUCUUGAAGAAAGUGCUCAGAGUUCUAACUUCAUUGACUAUGUGGUGGCAAAAGCUCUAGAGCAUUUUAAGGAACAUUUUAAAACUUGGUAA